CUUCCGGCGUCGGCCGGGCUGUGCGCUUAGGCAGUGCGGCCGCUCGGCGCGCUGGGCCGGGUCGAUCCCCGCUAUGCGACAGACUCCGAGGCCCGCAGCACAGCACUAAAUUUGUAAUGAAAUGGAGUCUGGGUCAAGCUCUUUUCGAGUGGAAUUUCCAGACUUUUCUAGCACCAUUUUGCAGAAGCUAAACCAGCAGCGCCAGCAAGGACAACUAUGUGAUGUGUCCAUUGUAGUUCAGGGCCAUCUCUUCAGAGCCCAUAAAGCUGUUCUUGCAGCCAGUUCACCUUACUUCUGUGAUCAGGUUCUCCUGAAAAACAGCAGAAGGAUAGUCCUGCCUGAUGUGAUGAAUCCCAGGGUAUUUGAAAACAUUCUUCUGUCUACCUAUACAGGUCGUCUGGUAAUGCCUGCUCCUGAAAUUGUUAGUUAUUUGACAGCAGCAAGUUUCCUUCAGAUGUGGCAUGUGGUGGAUAAAUGCACUGAAGUGCUAGAGGGGAACCCAACAGUUCUGUGUCAGAAGAUGAAUCAUGGCAGUGACCAUCAGUCCCCGAGCAGUAGUAGUUACAACGGCCUGGUUGAAACCUUUGAACUUGGCUCUGGAGGACAGCCGGAAUUCCAUAAAGGGCAGGAGCUAAGAGAUGGCGAAAACGAAGAAGAGAGCUCUAAAGAUGAACUAUCAUGUCAACUGACGGAACAUGAGUACCUUCCCAGUAAUUCUUCAACAGAACAUGAUAGACUGAGCACUGGAAUGACAAGUCAGGAUGGUGAAGAAGGAACUAGCGAUAGUGCAGAGUAUCAGUAUACCAGGCCUAUGUAUAGCAAACCCAGCAUCAUGUCUCAUAAGCGAUGGAUCCAUGUGAAACCAGAAAGAUUUGAACAAGACUGUGAAGGUGUUGAUAAUCCUUACGAUGAACACCAGGUGUCUGAAUCCAUGAAUGCCAUUCAGGCAGAUCAUUCAAUCCAGUCUUCAGGUGUUGAAGACUUUCAUAUAGGUGACAAAAAAAUGGAAACAGAAUUUGAUGAGCAGGCAGAUGAAAGUAAUUAUGAUGAGCAAGUUGACUUCUAUGGCUCUUCUAUGGAAGAAUUUUCUGGUGAAAGGGCAGAUGGAAAUAUAAAUGCUCACAGACAGGAUCUUAUGAUGGCAGCAGGUUACAGUGAAGGCGUUGAAAUGGCUACAGGAAUUAAAGAAGAAACGUCCCUCACUGGAUUCUCACAUGCUGAUAAGCUGUAUCCCUGUCAGUGCGGAAAAAGCUUUACACACAAAAGUCAAAGAGAUCGGCACAUGAGUAUGCACCUCGGCCUCCGACCUUAUGGCUGUGGUGUGUGUGGUAAGAAGUUCAAAAUGAAACACCAUCUCGUAGGCCAUAUGAAAAUUCAUACAGGCAUAAAACCGUACGAGUGUAACAUCUGUGGGAAAAGAUUUAUGUGGCGGGACAGUUUCCAUCGGCAUGUGACCUCCUGUACCAAGUCAUACCAAGCUUCUAAAGCUGAGCAGAGUACUACUGAGAUGAACUAAGGCAUCAGUGCUUACGUUUGUUUAUUAAAGUAAGCAAAUUGAUUAUGCAAAUCAUGUCUGGUACUUGCUAUUGUAAAUUCUCAAUCUACUCCCCGCCCUCCAAGUUGUAAUGAUUAUGCUGGUAUAAACAGACCAAAUUCUUAUUUUACUUUCUAGAGUAUUACUCCAGGUGUUCAAAGUGCAAACGGUUAAUCUGAAAGGUACUUGUAAAGUGAGGUCUGUAAGGUCUCUGUGACGUUUAUUGUAAUCACAGCAGUAUUUAGAAGCCCUGUUGAUUUUCCUGAGUCUUCUAAAUUCAAAGCUCAGAACUGACCCAAAUCCUGCAAAUGCUUAGAUGAAGCAAGAAUUAAAGUAGCCCUACUUAAUAAGGAAGAGAACUAGGAUGACAAAACCAGGGUGCAUAUCACAGAACCACGGAAUGGUUUGGAUUGGAAGGGACCUUAAAGCUCACCCAGUUUCAACCCCUGCCAUGGACAGGGACACCUUCCACUAGAGCAGGUUGCUCCAAGCCCCUGCAUCCAACCUGGCCUUGAAUACUGCCAGGGAUGGGGCAGCCACAGCUUCUCUGGGCACCCUGUGCCAGCGCCUCAGCACCCUCAUGAUGAUCUGAUUCACAUUUUAAUGACAAAAAGUUAGAAUUCCACCUCAAUCUGGAGACUGCCAACAUAUUUAAUGUGCAUCAUUAGAUAGUUUAUAUUGUUAAAUAGCCUUUGCUGUAUUGCUUAAUGAAAGGCUGUGUUAAAUAUGGUUUGGCUUUCCUUUAUCUGUCUUCCGUUUUAUUAUCCAUCUUCAGUAAAACAAAUGUUGUCUAAUUUUGUGCUGAUUUCUAUUUGGUGUCUGUAACGCAUUUAAAUAUAGUUGAGCACUAUAUAAACAUCAGUCUGCAUUAAGCAUAAUUUGUCUCUACUCCUCUAGGGCCUAAUGCCAUAUGACUCUUGGCUUGACUUGAUUUUGAUUGCUACACCGUGAGAACUUCUAGAAGGGUGUGUAAUAAAUGUUCUGUCAGGGAAAAAAAAAAGUAAUAUUUGGAACUUACCCAAAAUAAUCAAACAUUCAAACUGUAGUUUUCUGGUCAGAUUUUUUGUGGUUUACUACAGUAGCAAGUACCAAACUCUGUGGAUUCCCAGAUUGACUUUUUAUUGGUACAGAAACUUCUUUGAGAAUUUCUAUCUAGUUUUAGAAACCUGCUUUAGGAAAAUUAUUUAGUCAUUGAUAGGUAUUUAUACUUUUAAUUCUUUUACUCUUUGAAUAAGAAGAACUAUAAUACAGAUUCUUGGUACUGAACUACUGUGACUGUACAUGUGAUCACAAGCAGCCAGAGUUGAUUACUUCUGCAGAUGAAGUUGCUUGUGGAAAAAAAAAAAGUAGGAAUUAUGGUCUUUAGAUCUAUUAUUGGUACUGAGAACACGGUACCGUGCUUGUGUCCGAAGUCUGGGGGUUUGCUGGGGAAGUGGUGCUCCUGCUUCGUUAGGGUGAGGAUCUAUGUGCUGGGCUCUCAUUCCUGGUGAUAGAUGGAGGAGCAUUUGUAGUUCCGAGAGAUGCUGCCAGCUCUGCAGGUAGAGUGAAUACAUCAAUUUUAAAGGUGGCAACAGGAUUUUGGGGUUGAAAGCUUAAUGCAGUCCUGUGCAAAAGCAAUUAACCCUUUUUGUAGUUUACUGAAACAUGAAAAGGAAAGAGCCGUCAGAGCAUACACAGACUAUGACACAAAGAGUUAAUGUCCAGGUACAGUGCUGGUAACAUGAGGGGGGAAAGUUACCCAGCACCAAAGGCCUAGGCCUGUGUGGCCCAAAUUUAUAUAUUGGAUACGUGGUAUGCAGGAUAACAUACUUAACAGAUACAUACAUAACAGAUGACCCUGUAUGGUGAAGUAAAACCACGCAAAGAUAGUUACUAUUUAGAUGCUUUUUUUAAACUCCCAGUUACAAAUUGUCUUAAGAUGCAACCAAACUGUAUCUUGAAUGUGAACGUCUGGUACAAGCUGGGGUUUUACUACUCAGUGGGCUGUAAUGUCUGUAGCUUCUUUUCUGACAUUCUACUUACAAACUUUAAUUUUCUUGAGAGGCUCUUAAUCUUCUAAUGCUUCAGAUAUUUUUCAUAUGGAAUUUUGUUAAAGCAGAUAUUCCCAAAUAGGAUGAACCCGUUGCUGGCAAUGGGCAGAAAUGGUCAGCACCACAGAGUUCCUAUUCUUAGCACUUAACUGAACUCUACAGUAUACCAUGGUGGCCAUAUAUAACCCUUGUAAUCAAGGUAACUAAACAGGGAUUUGCUCACUAACACUGUAACCUGCUUAAUGUAUAGAAGCACUUUGUAUUUAAAAGGAAAAGCAAAAAAAAAAAGGAAAAAACAUAAAACUAUGUUUUCUAAACUUAGAAAUAUAUUCCCUUUAUGGUUUGUUUCCACACUGCUAAUACUGUCUUUUUUAAUAUUGAAAAAAAUAAUUAUAAUGCUUGCCUGUUUACAUGAGUGUAGAAGAAAGAGGGUUCUUGCACUCAGUGGCCCUAUUUUUCCAUCUUCAAGGCCUUACUACAUACAGGGUGUCAUUUCUGCAGGUACCAUCAUCACACUCGAGGGAAGGUAUUCUCAUACGCAUUUCAGGAGUAAUCUUGUGUAUUACAUUAGUUCUCAACCCCUUUCAAAUUGUCACUUCAGUGUUGCAUACAAAGGUUAAGGGUGCCUCUUCCCAUUUAACCAUCAAAAAGGCUGGUCAGAGACAUCAGGCCUAAAAAACACGGUCAUGCAAAACACCUCAUUCUAUUAAACCUAGACUAUCCUACAGAGCUGCCAGCAAAACUGUUUGUUUUAUCAGCUUGGAAUGACUUUUACAUGGGACAUUUCAAAGUUAAGGGUUGCUCCUAUUUGCAGUUAGACUACUUUGAAAUAAAGCUUUAAAAUAAAAUGUACUGCGAGAGACACUUUAAAGGUUUUAUAACAGGUCCAGUAGAUCAUAUUAUAGAACCAUGUCCUCUUUUACUGACUUAGCAUGAAUAGUAACUUUAUAACAUUUCUUAUUACUAUUUUACCCCAUUUUAUGACACUGUCCUAAAAGUCCAACAAAUGUUGCUCCACUGAUCCUGUAGCACUUGGCUUUUUGAUGUUAAUUGACAUGAAACCAGUUGAUUGCAGGAAAAUACUGAUAGGAUUAUCAUGAGGUUGAGAGGAUGGAUGGUGUAAGGAAAGUGUGAGAUAACAUGUCUAAAAUCCUUACUUUUGCUCAUCACAGGCAAAACAAUUGACUUGUGUUGGUUUUCAUGAAUUUACUAUAUUGCCUUUUGACAAACCUCUGAUCACUGAUUCAGGUAUUGGGGGGGGGAAGAUAACAAGAAAUUACUUAAGCACUUAAGGAAACCUCUGUCCUUCCCUUUCCUCAGUCUCAGCUUAAGGCUCACACCUCUCCUUGCUUUUGUAGUCUCCUAUUAUUUCCCUUGCUUUCAUUGAGAGCUGCAUUCAGCCCGUGCCAGCUCGUGUAGUGAGGUGACAGAUCACUCAGGAGAUUGGGCUCAUUGGCACAUUGGCUUGUCUUGCCACUCUUCAUCUCAGUGGGUGUCCUCUGCUGCUCUGGGCUGGUUGUUGUCACUGAUCGUCGUGGCACCACAUAGUUCCAUCAGGGAUGUGUCUGUUCCAGCUUGGCUCUCCUGGAGGCUUCAGAUGUGCACCUGCUUUGGCAUGGCUUAGCUACAGGCCAAAGUCCCUUCAGAAGUGAAUAUCCCAGGCUUGGAGUGUGUCCUGCUGUGUGUGUCUAUACAUGUCCUCAGUGUCUUCUCCACGUGUUUCCCAAGGGCAGCUCUUCAGUUUGUCCACCUUUACACAUGUGUUUCCCUGGGAGUAUCUUCUCCUUAUGUGUCUCCUUGCACCUCUUGCUAGCAGCUGCCACUCUUCCUUAAUCAUGAUUGAGCAGAGGCACUGUGCUCAUCUCUGGCUGAAGUUCUGGCAUGCAGUGGAUUGUUUGCAUGCACUUCAGUGCAGGCUAGGACCUGUUGUGAGCAGCACAGGGCAGUUUGUAACCUCUUGCUGUAUGUCAGGGAGUGUCCAGACAAUGCCCUUAGUCAUGUUGUUUUAGGUAGUCCUGCGAGGAGCAGGGAGUUGGACUCUGAUCUUUAUGGGUCCCUUCCAACUGGAGAUACUCUGUCAGCCUUGCAGCCCCCUGCUACUGAAACCCUGCAGUUUAUGGCAAAUACAGUUGUGCAGAGUAAACCAAGACCUGCAGAUGCAGCUUCUGUCAAGCUCUUGAUCUUUGCUAACGGAGUGGUCUUGUUCAACACACAAGAAAUUACUCCUUGUUUGUAGGGAGGAAGGAAGCAAUCCCUAUAAAUAGAUACUAGGAAUGCAUAUGUAUAUGGUGAAUUUAAUUAAUUUUCCCUUAAGCUUCAUCAUCUUUAAUGAUACAGCUUAGUAACAUCUGUGCAUUUUUAUAUUGCUUACUGUUGACUGCAGCGAGGUGAAUGUCUUCUGGAAAACAGUCAUUGUACACGCAGGAGGGUUUCAGAAUUCCCUGCUACCAUGAAGCCAUUCAUUGUCCUGUCAGUGGUAAGAAAAUGAUACUACAGCUAAGUUCCUUUGCAUUCCAAUUUGUAACUAAGAUGUUAAUUACCAUGGAAUCUGUGUAGCUGAUCGCAAAAAACUCUGUAAGAGUAUGAAAAAUACAACUGUUAACAGCAUUAAGAUCUCUGCUUAGGUGCGUAUCUGACUUUUAAGGGAGGAGGUUCCUAUUUCACACACCACUGUCAGGGGUUUUUGCUGUUCUGGGUUUUAAACACGGCCUUGCUUUAUGGAUGAGCAGGUAGACUCUGGAAGGUACUGUCAGGACAAGUUUUGGUCUUAGCUUUUGUUCAUCCUGGAGUUGAGAAACUUUGUCCUGUAUCAGAAGCGAGAUGAUCAAAGGCUGAUAUAUUGGGUUUCUUGAUACAAAAAGAAUGCUUGCUACCCCUGUAUUAUUGAGCCUGAAAGAAUGGAGGCACCUCAUGUCUUGUAAUCUCAUGGUGUUGGUACCAGGAAGGAGACCUAUCUCUGAGUUACGAGAUCCUACAGCACUGAGUGUUUUGCUUUAAUGGAAUCAGAACCUUUCUCAAAACAACAUAGGAAAGUUGGGUUUUUUUUGUCUAAAUGCUUCAUUGGCUUGCUAGGCUUCUUUAGCUGUAAACUGCCGGUGCCCAUGGGGAAGAUGCUGGAAAACAAAAUGAUGAUAUAUUUUAAUGUGAUUAAAUUGUAAGUUCUGAUUUUUGCUUGAAGCCUGUGUCAAUUGCUGCUCCUUUGUUUUAUUAUUCAUGGGAUUCCAUAUUUCUUCCAGAAAUGUAACUGUUUAUGCAAGUCAAGUGAAUCUUCCUUAAUGAGCUAUAAGUUUUUAUUCUAAACAAGUCAUUUAUAAUAGUAAAUUUGCAUAUCUUGAUAUUUUGUGAGAUGUUAUGCCUGUAUUGCAGAGGUUGGAUAGUUUUGUCUAUAAAUAUUGCUGUCCUAAUUGUACAGCAUGGUUUUAAUUUAAUGUUACUGUUCAAUAUUUUCUUCUUAUAGAAGAGUCCCAUGCCCCUUUUUUUGUAUAACAUGUUUUAAUAAAUGUUACCUGUCAACUUUGUAAAUGUUUUCUUAAGCUUGAAUGAAAGGAAUGCAUGUCUAGUACUAGUAUUUAAUAUUUCACUUUUGCCAAAACGAUAAGUGCUCAAACAAAAGUACAAAUCCAGAAGUUGUUGAUAUAUAACUUUAUUAAAUAUAUAAAGAAAAA